GCGGGUUAGGUUGUGAGGCCCAGGCCGGGGGCGGGGAGGUGCCGAGGGGGUUCUGAGCUAGCUUGGCCGCCGGGUGGGUCUGGGCGAUCGGCGCGUCCUUCACUGAAGCGGCGGUGGCCGAGCUGGGCGCCGGGAGUGGGAAGCGACGGCGUGGCUGGAAAAUGCCGGUCCAUUCCCGCGGGGAUAAAAAGGAGACGAACCAUCACGAUGAGAUGGAGGUGGACUACGCCGAAAACGAAGGCAGCAGCUCCGAGGACGAGGACACUGAGAGCUCGUCGGUGUCGGAGGAUGGCGAUAGCUCAGAAAUGGAUGAUGAAGACUGUGAAAGAAGAAGGAUGGAGUGUUUAGAUGAAAUGUCUAAUCUUGAAAAACAGUUUACGGAUCUCAAAGAUCAACUUUAUAAAGAACGAUUAAGUCAGGUGGAUGCAAAACUACAAGAAGUCAUAGCUGGAAAAGCUCCAGAAUAUUUGGAACCACUGGCAACCUUACAAGAAAACAUGCAAAUUCGUACCAAGGUAGCAGGAAUCUAUAGAGAGCUCUGCUUAGAAUCUGUAAAGAACAAAUAUGAAUGUGAAAUUCAAGCCUCUCGUCAGCAUUGUGAGAGUGAAAAACUUUUAUUGUAUGAUACAGUCCAGAGUGAGCUAGAGGAAAAGAUAAGAAGGCUUGAGGAGGACAGGCAUAGCAUUGACAUUAGCUCAGAGCUGUGGAAUGACGAACUUCAAUCUAGAAAAAAGAAGAAAGAUCCUUUUAGUCCUGACAAAAAAAAGCCAGUUGUUGUUUCAGGUCCAUAUAUUGUUUAUAUGCUACAAGAUCUUGAUAUUCUUGAAGACUGGACAACAAUUAGGAAGGCAAUGGCUACGUUGGGUCCUCACAGAGUAAAAACAGAACCACCUGUGAAACUAGAAAAACAUCUGCACAGUGCUAGAUCUGAAGAGGGAAGACUGUAUUAUGAUGGUGAAUGGUAUAUACGUGGACAAACAAUAUGUAUUGAUAAAAAAGAUGAAUGUCCUACGAGUGCUGUAAUUACAACAAUUAACCAUGAUGAAGUUUGGUUUAAGAGGCCUGAUGGAAGCAAAUCUAAGCUUUACAUUUCACAGCUACAGAAAGGAAAAUAUUCAAUUAAACAUUCAUAAUCAUGAUUUAAGUGUUAUCUAAAUCUACCUUGUUAGUGUUACCAAUUUCAGUGUGCCAUGGGAGAGAAAAAAAUGUAUUCAGUAACUUAAUAUUCUCUUUGAAUCAUGAGAGAAUGUGUAUUUGUAGGUAGCAAACCUCAUAUUGAUAUGUUAUUGAAAGAAACAGUAAUAAAAAAGUUUAACCAUAAUCAUUACAUUAAUUUGCCUCUUAGGUUUAAUUACCAAUAGCUAUAUGUGGUAAGGAUUUUUUUCUAAAAGUUAUUUUUUGUUUUUUGAAAAUAAUUAUGCACAUCUGUCUAAUCUUUAGUGAACUAUGGCUAUGUUUAUCUGCAAUUUAUUUUCCAUCAUAGUCACUCAUCAUGUUUGUAAAUAAGACAUAAAAUGUUUCCUAUAAAUGGUUUGUAAUAGUAUAUUAGUGUUCAAUCAGAAUUGAAAUUUAAACCUAUAUAUGUGAGUAUGUAUAUAUGAUAUCAUCAGCUUAUUUAGAACUGAUGAUCUUACCUUACAAUCUAGUCUUACCCAAAAUUAAAAUAUUGGGUGUGAAAGCUAAAAGGAGCACUUUUGUAGAAUAGCUGUUUUUCUCCUCUUUCUUGAUAGUUUGGUGGUGACCUAUUUUUACAAAUUGUGCUUCAUGUUAAUUAGUAAAAUUAGUGUCAAGUGAUAAGAUGUUUCUACCUGUAUUUCUUGUGACCCUUUAAAGGGCAUGUGUUCAUCCCUGUUAUUUAUGGUCCAGUGUGUAAGUGGUGAACAGUAACUGACAGUAUUGUGGUGCUUGCUGUAUGUGUCUGAUCUUCCCAAACAGAUUUUUAGUAAGCAUUUUCCAGAGGUAAAACUAGAUCCUGAUUCUAAUUUUAUUCCUAAGGCAAAAUGGACAGGGGUAAUUUCCUUGAACUUAUUCCCCAAUUAAUAUUUUUAUCUUGAGUGUUUUUUCACUUUAAAAGCCAUUUCGUGCAAUUUAGAAAGUGUUGGCCUCCCUUCCCUUAGCCAUAGUGGAAUGAACUUCCAAAGCCUCAGGAACAGUACAAAGCAUUGAAACCCUCUAUACAGCAGCACAGUGUCUGUAGGACAUAUUUAGAGGACAACCAAAUCAAGUAUUCCUGGCGAUCUUGUGCACUUUAAUUUCUGUUACAGUGAGACUUAAGAGGGUGAGGAAGAAGUCUGCUGACUAACUCAGUGCAGGAAUGUCUGCAUGAUUCCGUUUGUUUUUCUUACUAUUUUACCUCUGCAAACAUCAUCCUAUGCAGACUGCUACUUUACAGUUGCCAAAUUUUAAAACGUUUGACUUCUGAAAUUCAACAAUAGCAAUUAUGCAACUUUGUUCUGUUUCUAAUUAACUUUAGUAACUGUACAUAAUGUCAUAAUCCAAUAGUAUUUGACAGUACUUAUGUAUACAAUGUUUGAUAAGCAUUUUUAAUAAGAUUUUGUAUUUUUUAAUUUAGUAUAUAAUAAAAAGAUGUGUUUGAGUGUCA